AUGGGGCUAGCGGCCGUCCGGGACGCCGCUUACCAUGCGCAAGGGCUCGUUUGGUCGUCGGGCGUCGCCGUGGGCGCGGUGGCGUGCUUCAUGUUCCCCUUCAGCGGCGCAUGCGUCAAGCUGCUGCGCGGCCGCAUACCCAUUAUCGAGAUCUGCCUUGCCAGGUCUGCGCUAGCCUGGGCCUGCUCCCUCACCGUGGGCGCCGCCACGCGCGUGCGGCCGCUGUGGGGCCACCCCCGCAACGCCGGCUACCUGAUAUUGCGCGGCGUCUGCGGCAGCUUCUCCGUAGCUACCAAUUACACGGCAGUCUCGCUGCUGCCCCUGGGCGAUGCGGCCGGCAUCAACAUGCUCAAGCCCUGCGUCGUCGCACUCGCGGCCUGGACGCUGCUGGGGGAACCCCUAGGCCCCGCCGGCGCCGCCGGCCUGGCCGUGUCCCUGGCGGGCGUGACGGUGCUCGUGCGCCCGCCGUUCCUGUUCGGGGACGCCGGGGGCACGGAGUGGGGCGCCGCGCGCGCGACGGGGACGGCCGCGGCGAUCGCGUCAUGCGUGUUUUCGGCGGGGGUGGCGCUCUCGAUCCGGCGCAUCGGCAAAAGCGAAGCCGCGCUCACGGUUGCGCUGGCGUUCCACUCCUGCACCCUUGCGCUCUCCGCCCCGCCGCUCCUGCUGUCCUGGCCGACGCCAGCUGUCAUGCCCACCGGCCGCGAGGCCGCCCUGCUGGUGGCCAUCGCGCUGACGUCAUUCGCGGGGCAGCUGCUGCUGACGCGCUCGUUCCAGCUCAUGGAGGCGGCCAAGGCCUCUGCCAUGUCAUUCACCACUGUCAUUUAUGGGCAUAUCCUUGGGACCCUGAUCUUUGGGGAGGAGCUCACCUUGACAUCGAUCAUCGGGAGCAUGAUCAUCCUAGGCGGCGUGCUGCUGACAACGAUGCGAGGCAAAGGCGGCGGCAGCGGCGGCAGCAGCGCAGCCGUCCCCGCGGCGCCGGGCACGGGCGCAGACGGGCUGCCGCGGAGGCAGCACGAGGCGAUUGCGGCUGCCGCGCCUGGCGGCGGCGCGGCCGGCGCAGGCGGCCGACAGUCGGAGCCGGACGGGGCUGCAGUUGGUGAUGACCGUGCAGCCGCUGACGAAGAGGCCCCUCUGUUGCUGAAAGGCCGGCAGCAGGAGUAG